AUGCUUUCCACAUACGUAGACAUUUUCCCCUUUCUGUUCUUUUUCUUUCAUUUUUCUGUUUCUCUUUUCAUUUUUCUCUCUUUCUGUCUGUUUCUUCUUCAUUUUCCGGUCAUUGCCCUUUUUUUUCUUUUUGUUGUCGUCGCCCCUUCUUUUCUUUCUCGCCCCCUUCUCUUUUUGUCGUCGUCGCCCCUUCUUUUCUUUCUUUCUCUUUCUCCCCUUCUCUUUCUCGCCCCUUCUCUUUCUCGCCCCUUCUCUUUCUCGCCCCUUCUCUUUCUCGCCCCUUUUCGCCCCUUCUCUUUCUCGCCCCCUUCUCUUUCUCGCCCUUCUCUUCUCUCGCCCUUUCUUUUCUCGCCCCUUCUUUUCUUUCUCGCCCCUUCUCUUUCUCGCCCCUUCUCUUUCUCGCCCCUUCUCUUUCUCGCCCCUUCUCUUUCUCGCCCCUUCUCUUUCUCGCCCCUUCUCUUUCUCGCCCCUUCUCUUUCUCGCCCUUCUCUUUCUCGCCCCUUCUCUUUCUCGCCCUUCUCUUUCGCCCUUUUUUUUUUUUCUUUUCUGUCGUCGUCGCCGCCGUUUCUUUUUUUUUUUCCUUUUUUUUUUUUUUUUUUUUCCUGUCGUCCCUUUAUUGAUGACAUUUCGCAAAACAAUUUCCUUCUAUCGGCGUCGGCUAGCUGCAAGGGUCAAGCAGAAAGGGACACUGCCGAUCCACAAAUUACACAGAUGGUUCCUUGCACUCUCGCUCGACAGACAUUUUUAUCAGCUUCUCCGUUUUUAUGGGGAUCGAAAUUGUAG